AAGAGUAAGAUGCAAAAAUUGUGAAUAUCUCCCAGAGAUUAGGGUUUCCAUUAAAGUUAUCUUUCUCAUUUGAAAAUAUUAGCGUCAGCCGAAUAUCCCUGAAUUUCGAAACUUUUAUUUUUUUUACUCAAAUUUGAAGCAACGAUUGAAGUCUAGAUAGUACGGCUAUUUUUUGCACGACAAGAGUGAGAAUCUUUGCUCAUUGCAUGCUUCCAAGAAAGUAAAACAUUUUGUGGAAGAGUUUUCGUCAACUGUUAAUCAGCACUGGUCAGUAACCAGUUUAUAAGGGUUCCAACAGAGGGAAAGCAAUAACUGACAUUUGUAUACUGAUCUGCCAAUUUGCAUUUAUUCCUACAUUUUCUUAAUUACAUUGAUGAUAAGUUCUAUACAUAAUCUGCCCAUACAAGAAAUUAAUCAUGGCAAAGUCAAUUGGUAAAAACUCCACACCACAGAGACCCAAUCGUAGUAAAACUUUUGAAAAUUAUUGGGACCAAAAGGAUGUUGAAGAAGGAUUACGGAAUGAGUCCCUUUUUGAAGGUGUUUUAAGAAUCAAUCCUAAAAACUAUAAAGAGGCAUACAUUUCUGCACCUGAUGGAACCGAAGAUUUUCUGAUUGAAGGAAUUUUGCACAGAAACAGAGCACUUAAUGGAGAUAUUGUUGUUUGUGAGAUGCUGCCAACACAAACUGCAAACAAAGAAUGUGAAAAAAGUUUUGCUGAGAGUCCGAGUUCACCAAACAUUCAGCAAAACGAACAGCCUAUUACUCCAAAAAAUUUGGCUGCAGCCAGUGAACUCAAAGAAAAUAUUUCAAAAGUGACUGAAAAGGAAGUUCAGUGUGUGGAUGCAGAUUUAGCCGCUUCACGUGAAGUUAGGGGCGCGAAAACCCUGGGACCAAAAAAUAGGAAAAAGCCGAAGAAAUUGAUGGAAAAUGUUUCAAAUUUAAAUCUUGGUGCAGAAUUGCAAGACAAAAGCGGUCUAAAAACCCCUUCAACAAUGGCCGAAAAUGUAACUAACUUGGAUAAUCCUGCGGAAGAGCAGAGAAAAAGAACUCGCAGGCCAAGAAAGAAGAAAAAUGUCAUUGUUGAAAAUCUCACCGCACAAUUAAGCGCAUCAUGUACAAUUGAGGAUUCUUUAACGAAGACUACCACCGUUCAAGUAGAAACUUUAAGCGUAGUUUUACAGAAUAAAUCACACAUAAAUACGGCUGGAACAAUUGAUGAAAAUAGUCAACAGAACCCAAAUAUUGUCAAUACCCCAAGAAAAAUUGCCAAGGUUGUAUUCAUCAAAGAGCUAAAGCACUCAAGGUGUGCUAUUGGCAGUUUGAGACAAUGGCCUUACGGUCAAUCCGGACCAUUACCGAGUUGGAUUUUGUUCGCACCCAAAGACCACCGUAUCCCUCGUUUGAAAAUUCCGUUUGCGCCAGAACUCGCUAGUUGCUUAUUACAACCCAAUAUGCUCUAUUUAGCUCGUAUAGAUUCGUGGGAAGAUGUCAAUCAUCCAUUAGGAUCGCUCUGUUAUUUUAUUGGUAAAUCGGGUGAUAUCGAAGCAGAGACAAUAGCUCUUCUACUCGAACACGAGGUUGACUAUGGUGAUUUUCCCCAAGAAGUCUUCGAUGACCUGCCUUCACUCCCAUGGAGUAUCCCAACAGAAGAAAUUAAAAAGCGUCGAGACUUCAGACAGCAGUGUAUUUUCACCAUUGAUCCAGCGGAUGCUCGUGAUCUUGAUGACGCAGUCUCUGGUCGUUUUCUCAAAAUGGCUGAUGAUGGGAUUACACGAUUGUAUCGGGUCUCCGUUCAUAUUGCCGAUGUAAGCUUCUUUGUUCAAGACAACACUGUUCUUGACGGAAUUGCAUCUCGGCGAGCCACCAGCACCUAUCUAGUCGACAGGGUGAUUCCAAUGUUGCCGUCCGUAUUGUGCGAGCACGUUUGUUCAUUAAACCCCGGAGAGGAUCGCUUGGCUUUCAGCGUUGAAUGGAUUGUAAAUGACAAAGGCGAAAUUUUGGAAGAAUGGUUUGGACGCUCAAUUAUUCGUUCGUGUGUGAAACUUAGCUAUGACCAUGCUCAGGCUGUUAUCGAAGAUCGAGAAAUUGUUAAUUGUCCGGAGAUCAAGGGACCUUACUCGGUGGCUGAAAUUCGCGAAACUAUCUUAGUACUCCAGGAAUUGGCUGGUUAUUUGCGUAAGAAACGUGUGGAUCAAGGUGCCCUUAGAAUCGACCUGCCUCGUUUGGCGUUCAGCAUGGAUUGGGAGACUCGAACCCCCAUCGGAUUCCGAGUUUACGAACUGAAGGAAUCGAAUAGACUCAUCGAAGAGUUUAUGUUGUUGGCUAACAUGCGCGUAGCCGAGAAAAUUUACGGGGUUUUCCCUGCGUUAGCCGUUCUUCGUUCCCAUCCGCCACCGCCCGGUCAUAAAUUAGAGCAACUGGCCGACACAUUGCAAACAAUCGGCAUUCAUCUCGAUGUUACUAGUUCCGCGACGCUGCAGGAAUCUUUGUUGCGCUACGGUCAAGGGAGUAGCGAUCCAAUAUCAAUGGGAAGAAAUCUUGUGAUAUCCAAUCUAUUGGCAAAACCAAUGAAGUGCGCCUCGUAUAUAUGUUCCGGUGUUGUCAAGAAAGAAGAAAAAUUUCGGCAUUACGCCCUGAGUGUGCCUUUCUACACUCACUUUACAUCACCCAUCCGCAGAUAUCCAGAUAUCCUUGUCCAUCGCUUGCUUGAUGCCGCUUUGGAACAAGAGUCAUUGGAUCACUGGGAGCAAAGUGUCGUUAAAAGGUUGUUGGACAAUUGCAAUUCAAGGAAAUUAGCUGCCAAAGCUCUCCAAGAAACCCAUUCUGAACUUCAUCUGGCUAAUUUGAUCCGAAAAAGUGGUUCGAUCGAGGUCAAAGGAAUUGUGUUGGCAGUGCUUGACCAUUCGGUUGACGUUGUCUUAAUCUAUCUGGGAAUUAUUCGCCGCCUCUACAUAGAGAAACUACCAUUGAAGAUGACACACGAGAAGUACAACGGUAUUGGGAAGUUGACUUUAGUGUGGGAUCCCGAGUCCCCUGGCUCCCAGCCAACUCAUCAAGUCAUCUCUGUUUUCAGUCUUUUAGAGAUCCUUCUCGUUCCACAUGCUGAAAACGACAAACUUGAUUUCACUCUGGUAUUGCAGCGACCAAAUUACGUGCAGUAAAUUUCUUUGAGUCGUCUCCAAGAACAUUUGGUUUAAAGAUUGGCUCCAAUUUCUUUGUUUCCUUGUUUGUUUUUGUUUUUUCUCUUUUUUUUUCUUUUUCUUACUUUUUUAUUUUUGUCUUCCUGUCGGCAACUAAAGAGGACCGUUCGUUUCUUUUUCGCACAGAAUUUCUACGUCACACUGAAAUUUUGUCUCGUGGAGGCCAGUUGCAUUGAAUUUUGUUUUCUGUUUUUCACUUUUCUUGACCUCCUAUUUUGAUUUCCUUGUGACCUGCUGUUUAGAAAGUGAACAAUUUGGCACUUGCGGAUUUUUGUGAUUGACGCAACUUAUUUUGGGGGAUUCGCACUGUGUUCUGUGUUGUCUUCGAUUUGUUCGCCAAGACUUUUCCAACCUUCUAAAAUUUUGAACUUAACAAUCUUGUUAACUGCUUAAAUAACCUUUGGUAUUGAAUCGUCCAUAGGAAAUGUUUCAUAAUGUUGUAAGGAGAUUCGUGGAAAAAUUCGGAUCAAGCUAACCAAUACACACUUUUGUUGAAGGA